AGUCGCUUGGUGUCUUCUUGGUGAACGGUGCCAUACACAUCUAAUUUGUCUGUAGAAGCAGAGUGUUUCUUCUUCUUAUCGUUGCAUAAGAAAAACUUCGACUUACGUUUCCUUCUCUUUCAGAUAUAUGUACUUGUCCAAACCCACUUAGGAGAGUUCCUUGUUCACGUGGUUUUGUUUGGCUGUUCAGUUGGGAAGGCUGCUACAAGCAGAAGUCAGAAGAGGACCGGGAGAUGGAGGUAAAUCCCGUGGCGAUGGAGACUGCACAAAGGCGGCUGCGCAUUGUGAAUGCGCAUUUGAGGCUGAAAGCAUCGGAGGAUCCUUCACAACUGGAGAGCCAACCAAAUGCUGGCGAAUAUAUUAUUGGUAUAUAAAUUACAGUAGUAUCGAUGGAGGAAGGCUACAGCGUUUUGCUGCCAGAGAUUGAGCACUGGGAAAUGGAACGUUCAUAGGUACGCGAAGGCAGCUUUUGCGGAGAACAAGUGUUUGGGAACUCGUGUUAUUGAAGAUGGUACAGUUGGCGAGUAUAGGUGGAUGCCCUAUGGAGAAGUAGGGACCGCACGCACUGCAAUUGGAUCUGGUCUUGUCCAACAUGGCAUUCUCAAGGGUUCAUGUGUGGGAUUGUACAUGAUCAAUCGAGCGGAAUGGAUCAUCUCAGAACUAGCGUGUGCUGCCUAUUCUUAUGUGUCUGUUCCACUUUAUGAUACCCUUGGGGCUGAUGCUGUUACGUAUAUUGUCAACCAUGCGGAGGUUGCUGCUGUGUUUUGUACUCCAGACAAAUUGCAGACUCUGCUGAAUUGCCUUUCGGAGCUUCCAAGUUUACGACUCAUUGUAGUUGUUGGAGGUGCUGAGCAUUUAGUACCAUCCCUCCCAUCCCAGUCAGGCAUUGAGAUCGUGCCCCACUCUCGUACCCUAAACCUGAUCGUACCCUACAGCAGCAUUUUUAGAGGUUGUCCUACAUCUUUUGUUUGGAAGCCGCGGGCGGGUAUAUAACUUUGAACAAGACACCAGCUCCCAAACGUGGCGCGUACUGAGUAUAAUGAGGUUGCCCUGGCGACCGGGCAUUUGGGUGCCUGUGCCGGACUUCAUCCACGCGCAGACUGUUGCCGUAAAUCUGGUAUUAACCUCAAAGCCCCUUUGGUUCCUUAAUGGACCUGUUAGGGUCCACGCUAUUCUGGCCCGGUCCCCCCCCCCUUUUUUUUUUGUUUUUUUUUUUUUAACCAUCACAGAAAAUCACAUCUGACCAAUCAAGAGUAAAUAAAUGCAUUCAUCCAGAUUUUCUUUAAUUUGUUAUCGAAAAAGUAUUGCAUUUUUGAAUUUAUACCAGGUUUCGGGUUUAUUUAUAGGAUUGUCAAAAUUAUUUCUUCUCUUUUAUUAAAUAAUCCAAUUUCAAUGGAAGUCAACCAUUUUCACACCCUCUUAAGUAGGGCAUCAAAAAAAAACUUGUCUUCCACAUAAAAAUUAGAGGUUCUGAUAUUAUUUAGUUCAUAGUUUAUCCAUCGCAAGAUGUAGUGUAUAUCUUCUUUUUGACAAUUUGGAUUUUCAUUCUAUAACAAAUUGAGGUUAUGGGUUAGGAAACUCUAUGAAUAAGGGUUUAGGUUCAGACAGUCCUCUCUGUCAUCAUUAGAGGCUCCGGAAUGUAUCCUAUGUGUAUGUACAGGGUUUCUUUUGCAUCAAGUGCAAGAUUAUUUAAGCAUUAUUGGAUCAUUAAAUUCAUGUGCUUAUUUUGUGCUUCAAGUGCAUUCAAGGUUGCAUAACAACAUUUUCCUGCAAGGCCAGGUUUUAGGACA